AUGGCUGAGCCCACCAACAUCAACCGCUACGUUACCGGCCACGACGAGAACGGCCACGCCAUCUUCUCGUUCGAGGGCUCGGUUCCCUACACCAAGGUCCUCGAGAAGUCGGGCAAGAACGCUCUCUUCGGCGUCCCCUGGAAGACCGACUCGUUCCCCUCCGAGUGCAACGGCAAGGAGGACGCUGCUGUCAUCGGCGGUCCCCUCCACAACGACGAGGGCACUCUCUGCCGUGUCGUCGAGUUCCCUCCCAACACCUCGUCGCCCUUCCACCGCACCUGCUCGCUCGACUACGGCAUCCUCGUCUCGGGUGAGAUGCACCUUGAGCUCGACGACGGCCACACCAGGAAGUUUGUCCAGGGUGACGUUGCCGUUCAGCGUGGAACCAUGCACGCUUGGCACAACCGCACCAACGAGUACGCUCGCAUGAUCUUUGUCCUCGUUGCCGCCAAGCCCACUGUCAUCAACGGCAAGGUCCUCGAGGACGCCAUGAUCCGCGACACCCCCCUUUACGAGGACGGCUCGUACUAG